AUGGAGAACGGCUUCCCCGGUGAGCUGGUGAGCAAGGUCACCUACUCAAUUGAGCGGGCAAAGCCAAACGUGCUCAAGACCGCCUACGACUCCUACAUCCCGGAGACGAGCCCGGCAGAUGCCACCCCGGUCAACAUAUUCAACCACGCCUACUGGAACCUCAACGGUAUCCCAGAGCGCAACGGCAAACGCGACGCCGUGUGGGUGCAGCCGCAGAGCGUGCACAACCACUGGCUCCGCGUGCCGGCAAGCCGGGUGGCCGAGGCGGAUCGUAUGGCUAUUCCGACUGGCGAAUACCUCAGCGUAGACGGUACCCCGCUUGACUUCCGCAAGGGACGAGUACUGAAGGAUGGCAUAAGAGACCCCGCUCUCGACCGCGACCCGUGCGGCUACGACCACCCCCUCGCCAUCGAUGGCUGGGAAAAGGGCAAGUUGAUGCUGCAUGCCGAGGCGAAGAGCCCGACCACAAACAUCUGCAUGAAGGUGUACUCGACCUUCCCAUGCAUGUGGGUGUACACAGCCAACAACAAGCCACUGCCGGCGAGCGGCGGCCCGGGACAGCGGUACGCGCGUUGGACUGGUAUGGGACUCGAGCCACAGUACUUCCCUGACAGCGCGAACCACUACCCCAAGUACCCGUCGUGCAUUGUGCGUCGUGGCGAGAACCGCUUCACCGAGGUCAUACUCAACGAGUUCACUGUCAGUGGCAGCUCCAAGGUGUGA